AUGGCUCUUGUUAUUCAAUAGUAUCCUGCCUUUCCAGGAGGUCUUGACCCAGAUAAUGCAGUUCCUGCUCCCCAGUGAUGGGAUAAGAAUAACAGUUAGCACGCAGGCGAUUUGUAAGUUCCUGAUUCAGCUAAGCAUGGAUUUCAGUUCCUACUACAACCGAGUGCACAUUCUAGGGGAACCACGUCCCCAUUUAUUCAGCCAGAUGUUUGCCCGGCUGCAGCUGAUGAGAGCCGUGAGGGAAGUGUACCACAGUGCCCUGGCCACCUUCCACCUACCUCCUCUAAGUCAGAUCUGAUCAGGUUGGUCUCAGACCUGUGCUUGGGAACUGCAUCAGCCUCCCUUUGGUGAAGAGGAAAUGGAGGGCACAUUCCUAGGAGGGAGACUAGAGUGUGGAAAUGUUACACUGAACUGGCCAAUGAACAACUACUUAGUAUACCUAUUUUGUUGCUGAAAUGAAUGCUCUGAAUCAAUAAAAACAGG